CUGAACCACAUUGACAUUACCCGCCCCCCUUGCAUGACGGGCUGUCCCAUUCAACGCAGAGCGUACGCGGGUCUACAGUGCAGCUGCUCGAAACAGACAACCAGGGGGUGAAAAAAAUACGCCAGCAUUAAACUGUCAACCAUCGUGUCUAACUAUCUAUCGCCAUGAUCAUCAUAAUCGAAGAUAAGGAGGGCUUUGACAAGGCCCUGGAGGAGGCAGGAGAUAGACUGGUGGUAGUGGACUUCACAGCUACGUGGUGCGGCCCCUGUCAGAGCAUCGCCCCCUUCUUCAAGGGUCUGUCUGAGACAUACCAGAGCGUGGUCUUCCUGAAGGUUGACGUGGACGACGCUCCGGAUGUGGCCAGUUUCUGUGACAUCAAGUGUAUGCCAACAUUCCACUUCUACAAGAACAAGAACAAGGUGGAGGAGUUCUCAGGGUCCAAUCAGACCAAGCUGGAGGAGCUGGUUAACACUCACAAAUAAAUACACAACUGUCUGAGGAUAUCCUGAAGCCUUCCACCCUCCUCUCCUCCUCCCACCCUCCUCUCCUCCUCCCACCCUCCUCUCCUCCUCCCACCCUCCUCUCCUCCU